CAGUAUUGUUGCCUGAAUCCGGCCACAAAUCGUUGGGCCAUGGCCGUGGCCAGUGAUGAGAAGUAUGUCCCUGGCAAGGGCUUGGACCGAAGCGCCAAUGCUCGUUUGAGGGCUCGACAGGCCGAGGAAAAGCAACGUGCGAAGGACGUGGAGUCUGAACUUCCGUGGCAGGACACGUCGGCGCAGACGGAUUUUCUGCUGGGCAAUGGCGCUCAGAAGGUGGCCAGGUGUGGGAAGUGCACGCGGCCGCUCGAUGCGGCAGCGGUGGAUGCGAAAGUCUUCGUGUGCUCGCGGUGCGAGCCAGGAAAAGGCGGGCGUGAAGUAGUCGACGGCGGACGUGCAAGAGGAGUCGAAGGCUCUUCAUGGAGCGGUUGGAGCGAUUCCAAAGGCAGACGGGACGGCUGGGAAGGUUGGCACAGCUGGAGCAGCCACGAUUGGAGCAGAGGAAAGUGGUGACAAAAGUGCCGUUAGAGAGAGAGAGAGAGGAGAAGCACGUUUGCAUCGCUACAUCCAUCCUCUCCAGAUCAGAAUGUUUGCUGCGACUCGACGUUGGUUGUGUCCUUGCUCGAUGGAUGAUAUUGAUCACCGCAUGAGAGAGCGCAAAGGAAAGACCGCAAGAGAGAGAGAGAGAGAGCGCCUUCCACAGUGAGAGCACCUGUCAUUCCGAUUCCUUUCGUACACAGACCGG